AUUGCUUUCACCUGCAUCUCCAGCGCCGCGAUGUAAUCCCCGACUUCCUCCAACAUAUUCGGCAGCGGCGCCUUCCGGCAGCCAGGAACCAGCCGACUCAACGUCCGGAUUCGCUUCUCCACAGCCGGCGGAGGAUGCGAUGACGACGAGGAUUUAUUCUUCUCCUCCUCCUCCGCCGCCGCAAACAGCUUCUGCUUCCGCCUAUCCAUCGACCUCGCCUCCCCGAUCACUCGCGCCCGCCUCACCUUCCUGACUCUGGUCAGCCUCCAUACGUUCCCGGGUCUGAAAUGCCUGUUUCAGUCUGGAAGGAAGCACACAGACCAGAGAAAGCUGUUGAAGAUUCUAAACAAGUGAUUGCUGCACUGAGAAGCAGCAGUGGCAUGUCUGCAGUUGGAGCUGCAGGUUUUUGCUGGGGUGGUGAGAGAUCAUUCUUCCUGGCCUUUCCUUCUGAUUUAGGUAAGGUGGUUGUGGAACUGGCCAAGUCUGAUGUCAUUCAAGCUGCAGUUUUGCUGCACCCAUCCCAGGUCACCGUGGAUGACAUCGAGGAUGUGAAGAAACCAAUUGCAGUUCUGGGUGCUGAAAUCGACAAGUUGUCUCCACCUGAGCUUCUCAGGCAACUUGAACAAGUUCUGUCAACCAAACCCGAGGUUGAAGGAUAUGUGAAGAUAUUUGGAGGGGUUGUUCAUGGAUGGACUACUAAGUACAAAGAUGAAGAUGAGGCAUCCGUCAGGAGUGCUGAGGAAGCACAUCAAAACAUGCUCGACUGGUUCAUCAAAUUCGUCAACUGAAGAAAGAAGGCUUUCGCUCUGAUGGAGAGAAUAAAAAACCAAACAAAAUGCAGAUUAUCACACAGGUUCCAUGUAAUAGCAGAAAUGUUAAAAACAAUCAUGCUGCUCCCAUGCCUCGUCUCUGUUUAUGUAACUUCCUACUUUGCCUUUCAUAGAAAGCAACAUUUCGAUUGUUAAGAGAGCUUUGUAUAGAGGCUCCGCCGGUCACUCUCCGUCCUCCAUCUCCUCGGCUUCUCCUCUCCGGCUCCGCCGCUGGUGGAGGCACAAUCGGAAUCGUGUGCAAUUUUUCUCCGUUUUCUCCUCUGCUGCUGUUGUAAUUCCUCGGAAGAAUUAGGUUUCUAUUUUUAUUUUUUUAGUGAUAAUAAUAAUUAGGUGGA